AUGAGCUACCAACAGCAAGGCUACCAGCAAGGCUACAAUCAGUACCCACCACCACCUCAGAAUGGUGGGUACUACCAACAGGGUCCAUCGCAGGGGGGCUAUUAUCAACAGCAGCCACAGCCCAUGUACCAGCAACAGCCGCCUCAAAAAGAAGAAAGUGGAUGUUGCGGAACGUGUAUGAAGGCACUCUGCUGCUGCUGUUUGCUGGAACUGCUCUGCGGCGAUGUUUGCGGACCAGACGCUGGUGGUCCCGGCUACUGA